AUGGGCGUCGACGAGGUGAUCGAGGCCCUAGGGGCCGGGGUGUCGCGCGUCCACGAGCUGCUGUGCGGCGAGGGCGCGACGGACUUGGCCGAUGUCAUUCGCAGCUGCCCACGCGGGUCGCGGGCGCGCCUGCACGCGGCCGUCCUGGCCGCAGUGGACACCUGCGCUGGAUUCCUCAAUGCAGACGGAGCUGCCAGGGCUGGGAAUGCGGCAACGCCGGGCAAAGGGGCGUCCGGCCCGGACAGCCUGAACGCGGAGGAGAGCCUGUGCAGCCUCGCCGCGGCCCUUCGCGCGCUGGCCACGAACGCCGCGUCCGACAUCAAGGGCGCGGUCGACCUUCAGAAUGCGGCCGAGCGUAUCCACGACAGCUGCAUCUGCGAGGCGCAGGGGCGUCCAGCGCUCCAGGACGCUGCGUGCGCCAUGGCCGAGGCGUGGUGGCGCAAGUCCGUCGAGGGCGCGGACCGCGUCAUCGCGCAGACCCUGCUGCACCUCCUCAUGACCGCGCUGCUCUCCGGGCGCGCCGGCGACGUCAAGCGCUGCGCCGCCAUCCGCACCGCCCUGAACGAGCUCGACUACGACGACGCGGCGUCCGACUUCAUCAAGCAGCUCCUCCUGCGCGCCACCAUGCACCCGGCCUUCCUGCGCUCCCCGGACGGCCGCCGCCUCGUCGCCCACGCCCUCACCCUGCACGCCCCGCUCGUGCCGGAGAUGUUUGCCGUCAUCCGCAACCAGGCCGUGACGGGGCGGAAGUCGGUCCUCGACGCGUACGGCGAGGUGCUGUACCGCGGGUGGAAGGCCGCGGCGGGGGCGUGCCGCGCGGAGAUCGAGGCGGGUCUCGCGGGCGUGGCGGAGUCGGCGCUGCUGGCGCGGACGCCGGCGCUGGCGGUGGCGGCGGGCCGGCUGCUGACGCACCUGCUGGACAACCGCGUGGCGCCCGGCGCGGAGGCGCUCGUCGCGCGCAUCCACCUCCCGCUGGUGUUCCGGUACCUCACGGCCGCCAACGCGCAGGUGCGGUGCAACGCCGUGCGCGUCCUCGGCGCGGUGUUCCCGCUCCAGGACCCCGAGGCGCCGCAGGAGGAGAACGACGAGCUGCUCGCGCGGCAGGUCGGCCGGCUCGGCAAGGCGCUGGCGGACCCGUGCGCGCACGUGCGCGCGGAGGGCGUGCGCGCCACGGGGCGCGUGCUCAACCUGUACUGGGAGCUCCUGCCCGCGGGCACGUGCGCGGCGCUCCUGAAGCGCGUCGUCGAGGAGCUCGCCGUGGACGCGUCGACGCCGGACGUGCGCGCGGCCGUCGUCGAGACAGCUUCCGUCCUCGUGGGCAACCCCCAGACGCACGCCGUGCUCCUCCCCCUGCUGCCCCGCCUGGGGCCGCUCAUCAACGACCCCUCCCCGCGCGUCCGCCUGCACCUCGCGACGCUCCUGUGCGACCUCAACCGCACGCGCGGAGCGCGCUUCACCGACGUCGUCGACGUGGAGGCCCUCCUCGAGACCAUCUCGCGCGACGCUGGCGUGUCGGGCGCCGCCGUGCAGCGCCUCCUGCUCCCGUCCUUCUGGCCCUCCGCGGACGAGGGCCCCGCGCUCGUCGUCGGCCUGCUCCGCCACGCCCCCGCCGCGGGCGUCGCCUUCUGCCGCUAUCUCGCCGCGCGGCUCACUCCGGGCCCGCAGACGACGGCGGCGACCAAGAAGAAGGGCCGGAAGGGGGCCUCCGCGAACACCGUCACGGUGGCGGACGCGUUCGUGCUCGCCGAGGCCAUGAAGGAGCACCUCCUCGCGGUGCCCCUGGAGGCGGCGCCCGCGGAGGCCGAGCGUCCCAGGCGCGGGAAGAAGGGCUCGAAGAAGCGCGCGGUGGCGGAGGACGCGGAGACGCCCGAGACGUGGACGUCGAUCGCGGCGGGGCUCGCGGAGGUGUGCGCUGGGCUGGCGGAGCGCGCUGCGGACGCGGGCGCGGCGGCCGCGGACGGCGGGGGCCAGGCUGGGCGCGGCGGGUCGCGGCGGCGCGGCGCGGCAGGUCUGGACACGAUUUUCGAGUCGGACGAGGUUCCGGAGCACGCGCCGUCGCGUUUGUUCGAAGACGGGAGCCUGACGGAGCUGCUGGCCGCGGCGCCGCCGGCAGCGGCGCGUGCGGCGGUGCUGGCGGUGGCUGCGACGCUCGACGUGGGCUCCGCGGGCGCGGUCGGCGCACGCGAGGCGUGCAUGAGCUGGCUUGAUGGCGCCGCGGGGCGGCGCAAGGAGUUCCUCGGCUCCGAGGCGCUCCUGACCGCGGCGCUGAGGGUGCUCGCGAGGGACGAGGUGUCCCGCGCCAAGCUGGCGGGGUGGAUCGAGCACGGGCUCGCGGCGGGCGGGAAGCAGGGCGAGUGCGCGGUGGCGGCCGCGAUCGUCGCCGCGCGCGAGGAGUGCGUCCGCGAGGCGCUCGGUCCGCGUGCCCUCGGCCGGCUGUCGGCGGCGGCGGCGGGCGCGGACGGCAACGCGGUGCUCCAGAUGGCCAGCGUCGUCCUUGCGACGCACGCGGCGGCCGGGGGCAACGCCAGCUGGCUGCCGGAAGCGCUUGCAGCGAGCGCGUGCGUUGCGGAGGCGCAGGUCCGCGGACUGGCCGUGGCCGGGGCCGCAGGGCGGAAGCGCGGGCGCGAGGAGCCUGCGCCGACCGAUGCGGCGACGGCGGCGGCCUGCGCCGACGUCGGGCUCGGGUCUGUCGCCGAUGGGUUCGCGCUGGGCGUCCUGCCGGCGGGCGGGACGGCGCGCGCCUUGGAGCAAUGGCUCGAGGUCGGGGGGGAGUUUUGCACCAUGGCUGACGCAGGGACCUCCGAGGACGCCGCCGCGUGGGGCCGCGCGCUGGCUCAGAUCCUGCGUGCGGCGGCUGGUGCGGCUGGGGCGGUCGCUGCGAGCCUGCCGGGCGCGGAGGGUCCGCUGGAGGGCCAGAUGGCGGACGUCGCAGACAAUGGGGACGUGCAGCUCAAGGACCUGGAGGGCGCGGUGCUGCGCGUGGCCACCGCCGCGUUCCGCGCUGGCCGGGAGAGCGAGACGGCGAGCGCGGCGGUGCUUGCGGCGCUCCCAGGCGCGCUGUCGGGGCUGCUCAAGCUGCGCGGUGCGGCGGGCGCGGGCGGAUCGGCGUGGGUGAGCGAGGUGGCGCGCGGGGAGGCGCAGCUCGCGGCGGCGGCGUGCAACGCGGCGAAGCUGGCGCGCGUGGCGCCACGGCUGGCGGAGGAAGCGGCGGCGGCGGGUGCUGCCGUUGCGGUGUCAGCAGCCGUGCUCACGUCCGAGGACGCGUCGACGAUCGAGGCGCUGCUGAGGAUGUGCAAGAAGCUUGGUUACAAGCACGGGUCUCGCGGUUCUGACGCGGCUGUCAAGCAGCACGUGGAGGCUAUCACCAGGGUGGCCGAGGGCUGCCAGGGCGAGGCGCGGGACGCUUGGGCGGCGGUCCUCGACAGCACGCUUGGAGUGUCCCUCGCGCCGGCGACCGCGGCCGCGUAG